AUGGAGGCCAUAUCUUCCAAGCACCUUAUCACGACCCUUCUCAUAAUUCUUUCUUCUAGUUUCACCGCUCAGGGUACCAACAAAGUUAAUGAAAGACCAUACCAAGAAGCGAGCACAGUGUUCAUUAGAACAUCAUGUAGUUCCACAACAUAUCCAAGACUCUGCUACAGCUCCCUGGUGAAGCAUGCAGACUUGAUCCAAACAAAUCACGUGGUGCUAACAGGCACGGCCCUGAAUGUGACUCUUGCAUCUGCGAAAUCGACCUCGGCAAUGAUUUCAGCACUGGCAAAGAGACAGGGGCUGAAGCCAAGAGAGGUUGCGGCGAUGAAGGACUGUGUGGAGGAGCUGAGUGACUCAGUGGAUGAACUGAGAAGGUCUAUCGAUGAGAUGAAUCAUCUAAGACCCUCCAACUUUGAGAUGACAAUGAGUGACGUACAAACGUGGGUGAGUGCUGCUUUGACGGAUGAGAGCACGUGCAGUGAUGGAUUCCAAGAGACUGAGACUGGUGGUUCAAAUCUUAAGAGAAGUGUGAGAGGACUUGUUGUGCAGGUAGCCCAAUUGACCAGCAAUGCCUUGGCUCUGAUAAAUCAGCUAGCCAAUUCUCAUGGUUAA